AUGGUUUCUCACGCUGGCCGAGAAGUGUUGGAAGUCGUGCAGCGCAACACAGGGGCAUCAUAUCCGACAACCGCAGAUCCCUUUCCAGCCAAAUUCAUUGACUUCCUGCGCACCAUGAAACCGGAGUUACUCGCCCACCCAACGUUCACGGAGGCUCUGAUUUGUGCCGUUGAUCGAGUCCCAGGACACAGCAAGGAAGCAGUCUCGGGCGCUUUGACCCUCGCGAGCGCAAGACGUCCAAGAAGUGCCCGACAAGUAUACUAUCUUCGCGAUGGUCCACUUCCCAAAGGAGAAUACUUUGCUUCAGACAAUCCCGACAAGAAUCGGAACAUUGUCGAUGCUGGUCAAGUGAUUCGCGCUUCUACGAUCGAGCGGCUCCGAGACGACAAAAUCACAUUCGGGUCCCCUGAGUAUGUUUCGACACCUUCAGGACCAGCUUUGACAAAGCCGUACCUCGAACUCGUUCUCUACGUGAUCGGCGAUGUCGCGUAUUGCCGGAGAAUCACGUCAAAGGGUAGCCGAGGUCUUGAUGCUGUUCACAAAGAACAGAAGAGCAACUACUUGGCGAUACUUCCGGAGGUUUCUGGUGAAGACGAAGCAAAGUGGGAUGGAAAUGAAGAAAAUGCGCAUACCCCGACAUUGUUCACGCGAGACAUGGGCAGCCAUGCAGGCUCCAUGUUGUGCCUAGAAGAGACGACUGUGUCCCUCAGGUCGUGGAUCACGCCACAGGCAGGCCAUUUCUCCGAAGCUAGUCUGGCUAAGAUCCGUGAGGCAGUGCUGAAGCAGGCGCACGUGAAGCAGCACAUGGCCAAUUUUCCACCCAGAAUGGAUCGCCCCCAAGGAAAAAACGUCCAACGCAAAGGAGAAUUCCCUCGACUGAAGGAAGAGAAGGACAAGAUGCCAAACAACGCUCUGCGCGACGCGCCACCUUUGACUCAAGCGACACCACCUCCGGCGCGUUGGGUGAAUCCCCGACGUUCCCAGCGAGGCGGAAGACAGCGUGGACGAGGUCAGCAGCGUCAGGAUGCCUCCCGUCCACAUGUGGACUUCAAUCACUCAGCGACCCCCGACUUCAGCUACGGCAGGAGCCAAUAUCGCGACCCAGAACCCAUCUACAAUGCCGACACGACAUACGCGCCAUCACGCGCUUCUCAGCCACCGUCUUCGAGGCUCAAUACCAUCGCAACGGGCUCAGACAUCAUCGAUCAGGAACAGCCACCACACAAGAGAGCCAAGCGUACGCAUUCGAACAGCUGA